AUGGGUUCUUUGCCGACUGCGGGGUGGAGGCAGCUCGACGUUGGAGUCGUCGGCGGUGGCAUCGGCGGCAUGUCCGUUGCGAUCGCCCUCCGCCGCGCCGGCCACAAGGUCUCCAUCUACGAGCGCAACGACUUUGCCGGAGAGGUUGGCGCCUCCGUCUCUUGUGCCGCGAACGGCACCCGCUGGCUGCACGAGUGGGGUGUCGACGUCCAGAAGGGUGACCCAGUCGUGCUGAAGAAGCUCAUCAACCGCGACUGGAAGACGGGCGAGCCGGUCAGCGUGUACGACCUGGACGACUACGAGGAGCGCUGGGGAUACGUUUACAACAUGUUCCACCGUCAAUAUAUGCAUUCGAUGCUCAAGGACACAGCCCUCGAGGAGGCCGGAGAGGGAGCGCCCGCCAAGCUGUUUGUUAACUACAAGUGCAAAGAGAUGGACAUCGCCGCCGGAAAGGUGUCAUUCGAAAACGGACACUCUGCCACGCACGACUUGAUCAUCGGAGCCGACGGUAUCGGCAGCGCGGUGCGGGGCCUCAUCGGUGUGAAGCCGGCGAAGCGACCCGCCGACUCGAGCUGCCUCCACGCCAACGUCCUCACCGAGGAUGCGGUCAAGGCCGGCCUCGUCGACUACUCGCAGGACGCCGCUCUCGAGUACUGGGGCGGCCAGGAGGGCAAGUGGGACAAGAUUGUCCUCUCGCCUUGCAACGGAGGAAAGCUGCUGUCGUACUACUGCUUCUUCCCCAGAGACAAGGGUGACUACACCAACCAAGCUUGGGGCGUCGAGGACCGCCCCGUCGAGGAGUUGCUCGCUCCUUACCCUGAGUUGGAUGCGCAGGUCAAGGCGCAUCUCGCCAUCGGCAUGGACAUCCAGCCCUGGCGUCUGUGGAUGCACGACCCCUACCCUUACAUCAGCAAAGACAAGGUCUGCCUGUUGGGCGAUGCAGGACACCCUAUGAUGCCUCACCAAAGUCAAGGAGCUUGCAUGGCGAUUGAGGAUGCGGCUGCCCUUGGCAUCCUCUUCCACCCCAAGUACUUCAACGGCGACGUGAACGAGACUCUGUCCAUGUACAACGACGUGCGCCUGCCCCGUGCUACGAGGGUGCAGCAGGCUGCUGCGAAGGCCGCCUACAACAUCAACGAGCGCAUCGGCUUCUCCAGCAAUGCCGACAGCUGCAGCACGUACAAGGUUGAGGAUGAGAAGGCCAAACUCACCAUCGAGGAGAUGAAUGCCUACGACAUGUACAAGGACAUUGAGGAGGUCAUUGCGAAGAGGAACGGAACUGCGUUUACGCAAAAGUUCACCAAGGGCCUUCCCAUCGGCCUCAAGCUCCCCAACGGAGUGAUCAUUGGGCAGUAG